ACAAAGCCGCCUCCACGAUAAUUCAAACAAUGGAACAGUUCCUUAUGCGAUCGUGAACAUUGAAAGCGACAAAGCGAGUGAUUUUUUGUCAGUGGUGCUCCUGGGAGGCAGUGCUCAGCGAUUUAUAUGAUACUAAAUCAGACGAAGGGACAACACAGCUACUUCCAACAUAUUUAACACUGGAUACAGUAUGGAGGCACAAGUUGCAGCGAAGGAUCUCCCAAUGAUAUUUAAGGUCAAAUACAUCGGAUUUGAAGCUGGACGUGGCUUAUGGGGAGUAAGAUAUACGAAAGGGCCAGUAGAUUCCUUGUAUAAAGCAGCGAAAAAUCCACGACCAGACAAAGUGCCACCUGUUUGCGAUUUGACCGUUACAUUAGCCGGUGUGAAUAUUGAAACAGUAAUGCCAAAGACAAACACCCGAUUUCGGAGCAAUUUCAUCGGAGCAAUUUCAUACGGUGUUCAAGAUCUCGAGUAUGCCAACAUAUUUGCAAUGAUCGUUGUCAAGGAAGAUAAUCCCAACCCUUUCGAAGUGCAUGCAUUUGUCUGUAAUAACGGAAUUACAACCAAGAGGUUAACAUUUGCCUUAGAUGCAGCUUUCCAGGAUUAUUCGCAACGGGUUAAGGCAGCUGCCGAAGACUAUGCUGCGACCGUACAAACGGAAUUAGUUAUUGACCUUCCCGAAAAAAUGGAAUAGGAAGAAACCCAAGCUUAGCUUCGAUACAAGAUUCGAAAAGACUCUUUGAAAAUUUACAUUUUAUUGUGGAGAUUUUUUAAGCGGACUUUCUGUUUCAAAAUUUUUAUGAA